AAGAAGCAGAAGAAGAAGUGGGAGGCUUCCCCCUGAAAGGACUCAUUGUAGGGAGGGAUGAUGAGCGUGUGUGUGGAGCCCCCUCCUCCUCCUCCUCCUCUAACUAGCUGGUCAGCAGCGGAGGGAUUAGUGAAGCCAGCUCACUUUACUCACUAUACUCACUAACAGACGAGUGAAUCAUGGUCGUCGUCAUAACUACCGGCUGGGAGUGGAGCCGAAAUUGUGCAAGAUACGGAUAACAGCGAAGAAAAGGUCCGUAAGUUUCCAGGUUGCUCCGUGAAAAUGCCUCACCAGAGGCUGCUGCUGCUGCUGCUGCUCGGACCCGACGCUUUAUUACACUGCUUCACUCACAUGUGCUUUAUGUUGAACACCAGGAUAUAACAAACCUGUUAAAAAGGCGACAAAAACCAAAAAAAGGACGUGCGGAUAUUUUCCUUUUUUUUUUGUGCGGAGAUUUCCCUCAACUAGAAGAAGAAGAAGAGAAAAGUUGUACUUGUUGGUCCACCAUGGGUAACGCAGGGAGCAUGGACCAGCACACUGAUCACAGAGGACACAACAUGCCUCUGAAACUACCCAUGCCAGAGCCAGGUGAACUGGAGGAGAGAUUUGCAACCGUUUUGAACUCGAUGAAUCUUCCUCCAGACAAAGCACGGCUGUUGCGGCAGUAUGACAACGAGAAGAAGUGGGAGCUCAUCUGCGAUCAGGAGCGAUUCCAAGUGAAAAACCCGCCUCACACGUACCUCCAAAAGCUGAGGAGUUAUCUAGACCCAGCAGUCACAAGAAAGAAAUUCAGACGGAGAGUUCAGGAGUCCACCCAAGUCCUGAGAGAACUGGAAAUUUCGUUACGGACCAAUCAUAUAGGGUGGGUGAGAGAGUUCUUAAAUGAAGAUAACAAAGGCCUGGACGUGCUGGUGGAGUAUCUUUCUUUUGCACAGUAUGCCGUCACGUUUGAUGGGGACUGUGUGGAGAACAACCCAGAGGCUGUUAUGGAUAAGUCGAAGCCCUGGAGCCGCUCUAUAGAAGACCUACAUGGAGGAGGCACCCUGCCGUCCUCCAUCACUGGGAACGGCAUCACACGCGCUGGUCGACAUUCAACGAUACGCUGCAACACACUGCCGAGCCGGAGAACUCUGAAAAAUUCCCGACUGGUCUGCAAGAAAGACGAUGUCCACGUCUGCAUCAUGUGCCUGCGUGCUAUCAUGAACUACCAGUAUGGCUUCAACAUGGUCAUGUCACACCCACAUGCUGUGAACGAAAUUGCACUAAGUCUCAACAAUAAAAACCCAAGAACUAAAGCUCUGGUCUUGGAGCUCCUGGCGGCAGUUUGUCUCGUGAGAGGAGGCCACGAAAUUAUUCUCUCUGCGUUCGACAACUUUAAGGAGGUGUGUGUGGAGACGCAGCGGUUUGAGAGGCUAAUGGAGUAUUUCAAGAACGAGGACAACAACAUCGAUUUUAUGGUGGCCUGCAUGCAGUUCAUCAACAUAGUCGUGCACUCAGUGGAGGACAUGAACUUCAGGGUUCACCUACAGUACGACUUCACCAAGCUGAGUCUGGACGACUACUUAGACAAACUAAAGCACACAGAGAGCGAUAAGCUGCAGGUUCAGAUCCAGGCCUACUUGGACAACGUGUUUGACGUGGGAGCCCUACUGGAGGAUGCAGAGACCAAAAACGCCGCCCUGGAGCGUGUGGAGGAGCUGGAGGAGAACAUGUCACAUAUAUCAGAGAAGCUGCAAGACACGGAGAACGAGGCCAUGUCCAAGAUCGUGGAGCUGGAGAAGCAGCUGAUGCAAAGGAACAAGGACCUUGAAUCAAUCAGGGAAGUCUACAAAGACACCAGCUCGCAGGUCCACUCACUGCGGCAGAUGUUGAAGGAGAAGGACGAGGCCAUCCAGCGAUCGAGUAAACUGGAGAAAAAGAUCCACGAACUGGAGAAACAAGGCACCAUCAAGAUCCACAAGAAGGGAGACGGAGACAUCUCCAUCCUGGCGUCACCACCCUCCGGUGUGGAGGGCAUGCCGGGUGUUAUGAUGGGAGGAAACGGUGCAGCUGUCAGUCCAAAUCAUGUGGGAGUCAUAGCGGGCACGCCGGGUCCACCGCCACCUCCUCCGGCCCCUCCUCUACCAGUGAACGGCACAUUGUCAAACGGACCAUCAUCAGCCAUUCCUGCAGCUGCAGCUCCACCACCUCCACCUCCACCGCCUCCCCCUCCACCUCCGCCUCCUCCCCCAGGGCCAGGCUUGCACAUCUCAGGACCUAUUCCUCCUCCGCCUCCUCCUGUAGCGCCCCCACUGCCCGGCUGUGGGACGCCCACUGUCAUCAUGAACUCUGGGUUAGCAGAGGGACCCAUCAAACUUUUCUCUGUUAAGAUCAAGAAACCCAUCAAGACAAAGUUCCGCAUGCCCGUCUUCAACUGGGUCGCCCUGAAACCAAACCAGAUCAACGGGACUGUCUUCAACGAGAUCGAUGAUGAGAGGAUACUCGAGGAUCUGAACGUGGACGAGUUCGAGGAGAUGUUUAAGACGAAAGCCCAGGGCCCGGCUAUCGACCUCAUCUCGAGCAAGCAAAAGAUCAUCCAGAAGGGGCCCAACAAGGUGACGCUGCUGGACUCCAACAGAGCGAAGAACCUGGCCAUCACGCUGAGGAAAGUGGGCAAGACUCCUGAGGAGAUCUCCAAGGCCAUUCAGAUCUUUGACCUGCGAACUAUGCCGGUGGACUUCGUGGAGUGUCUGAUGCGCUUCCAGCCCACAGAACAUGAGAUUAAAUCCAUGCGUCAGUUUGAGAAGGAGCGCAAGCCGCUGGAGAGCCUGACGGACGAGGACCGCUUCAUGAUGCAGUUCAGUAAAAUCGAGCGGCUCAUGCAGAAGAUGACCAUCAUGGCCUUCAUCGGCAACUUCUGCGAGAGCGUGCAGAUGCUCACACCGCAAAUCCAUGCAGUCAUCGCAGCAUCUGUGUCCAUCAAGUCGUCACAGAAGCUAAAGAAAAUUCUAGAGAUUAUCUUGGCACUCGGAAACUACAUGAACAGCAGCAAAAGAGGAGCGGUGUACGGAUUCAAGCUGCAGAGUUUAGACUUGCUGCUUGAUACCAAGUCGACGGACCGCAAGAUGACGUUGUUACACUACAUAGCCAAUGUGGUGAAGGAGAAAUACUCACAAGUUUCUCUCUUCUACAACGAGCUGCACUACGUGGAGAAAGCUGCAGCCGUGUCGUUGGACAACGUCCUGCUGGAUGUUAGGGAGCUGCAGAGAGGCAUGGAGCUGACCAAAAGAGAGUACAGCAUGCACGGACACAACACCAUGCUCAAAGACUUCAUCACGCACAAUGAGAGCAAGCUGAAGAAACUGCAGGAGGAUGCCAAGAUUGCACAGGACGCCUUUGACGAGGCAGUGAAGUUCUUCGGGGAGAACUCCAAAACGACGCCGCCCUCCGUCUUCUUCCCUGUGUUUGUGCGAUUUGUUAAGGCUUACAGGCAAGCAGAGGAGGACAACGAGCAUAAAAAGAGACAGGAGCAGAUUUUGAUGGAGAAACUUCUAGAGCAGGAGGCCUUGAUGGAGGAAAACCAGAAGUCUCCUCAUAAGACCAAGCGUCAGCAGCAAGAGCUGAUCCAGGAGCUCAGGAGGAAACAGGUGAAAGACAGCCGCCACGUCUACGAAGGCAAAGAUGGAGCGAUAGAGGACAUCAUCACGGUGCUGAAGACCGUGCCCUUUACCGCCCGCACGGCCAAGCGUGGCUCUCGGUUCUUCUGCGAGCCCGCCCUCAAUGAGGAGUACCAUUACUAAGCUUAUAGAAAUCUCUCUCUGCUCUAAGAUUUGAGGAAUCAGCCUUACAGGCGAGCAGACGCUGUGCGGCGGAGUGUCAGGAGACGUUUUGAUGAUCAGAACCUGCGGCCGAUGAACAACGGCGAAGUGGUCGUGUGAGAGAGGGAGCAGCGCAUGUGCUGGAGGAUUUUGAAGAUGGUGAGGAUGUGUAAAGAGAGGGAGAGACGGAAGGGUUGGACGCCGAGUGAAGGAAGUGAGUGUAGCAGCCAUAGAGAUGACUAUGUGUAUAUAUUACAUAAGAAUUAUUCCAUGUCUGUGGUAUAGUAGCAAAGCUUUUCACGAUGAAGGACUGGGGACAUGUACGGGACGGAAUUUUUAAAGUGUCGGAAAGGUUGAUUCAGAAAACCUUAGACAAGCCAAGUGCCUGAACUUUAUUUUUGUGGGCUUCUGUUCGUCUGAUGAUGACUGUUUUUAUAAUAUUCCCCACUUCAAGCAAUACAACUUGACCUGGCUUUAAUUGUAAGACGUGUAAAACUGGACUUGCGGUGGCCUUAAUAGCCACCUGAAGAGAUGCUUCCUUGGAGACAUAACGUAGAAUGUAUGGGACGCGUUUCCCUUUUAGCUGUUACAAGUAUUACAUCUUUUAGUGUUUUACUACUCGGUAGUAUCUCAGUACAUUCCGGUGCUCUUUUCCAUUCCUCCUUACUGUAGACCGUUACAGCUUGGGUCCUUGUUUUUUACUUCCUGUCAGCUGAUGUCAUAGGACAUACACUACAACAAGGAAGUAAACUGGGACGCAUUUGGACUGUUUACAACUGUGAAAUCAGAGAUAUAAAACAGUAGAUGCGACAUUACGUCAUAACUAAUGGGAUCUGCCAUCUCACCUGGGUAUUGUUUACAGUUGACACCUCCGGGCAGCGACUGCUUAUCAGCUGUUCAAUACCUAAUUGCUUCACCCAAAAGGACCAAAGAGACCAGGGAAGCUGGCGUCACUUUCCACACGUCAGUAUAGAGUAGAUGAGAGAUUUAUUUUUUUACUUAUGGGUCAACUACAAUUACAAAAAAGUUAGUGAACUAGGCAACUUUACAGUCAGUUACCAAGCAACACACCAGCUGAGUUCUAAGUCAAAGGUAUUGCUGAUUGCUGACUCAACAGCAUUGAUCUGUUAGCUAAACAGACAUUGUUUUAAUGUUAGGUAACUUUAUAACAAAGUUAUUAAUAUUACCCUAAGGACAUGGAGAAGCGCUCGUCCUAAAUCCCAUUUCAUAAUAUUUAAAGUAAAAUCCAGCAAGCCACAUUUAACCCCAAAUUAGCCGUCUUGAAUCAUGCAUCAUAUAUUAACAUCACUUGUUAACUGAAUACUGAAUCUAUUCAGGAUUUCUUCAUAAAAGAUAUUGCUUAAUGUAGUAUAUUAGCCAUACACAAUACCAAAUACAGUUCUUACUAGGACUAUCAAUCAAUUAAAAUAUUUAAUAUCUAGCUUUAAAACCGAGCCUGCUACAACCCCGUUGCGUUAAAGAAAUUAGUGGCGUUAAAACAAAUUUGCAUCAACGCGUUAGUGUCGCGUUAACUUUGACAGCCCUCGUUCUUACACAUUAAGUUCAGGCAAAAUUGAAAAAAUAAAAUCAAUAUGCAAUAUAAAUGCACAAUGAUGAGAUUAUCAUCAUGAUUGAAAGCAUGAUGUGUUCUCUUGGAGCUAUAAUAAUCAGAAUCUUAGUAUUUCUGGUUCAACACAGUUGUCUUACACUCAUUACUUUGAAUAAAAAACAGUAUUGGUGUAUUGGUAGACAACAUAAGCCUCCCUCACCAUACGUUCCAGUUACAGCAAGUUUAAAGCCGUACCCAGGUCAGAUGGCCAACAUGUGGGUCCAUCCUGGAAAGGCGAGUCAUUAGAACGCGUCACAUCUACUGUUUUAUAUCUCUGUGUUUGAAAUGGUCGAUACAAACGUGCUCAAACAUCUCAUGAGGUUUUCCUAAAAGGGCUGAUGAGCAGGCAUGAAGAAAGUGUGCAGAAAAGUAAUUAUAUUUGUACUAAAGUGAGUAAAAGGAUGAUGAAGAAUGAACGAAAAAGACAUUGAAAGCAUUUCAAAACAAGACCGGGCUAAUGUGAACUGUAUAUAUAUCAGGCCUUUUCAGAAUUUGUGACUUCAGUUAAUGCAUCAAGCCUGACUUUGUAGCUCUUAAUCCAUAGAAGUAAUCCGCCUGCUCACAUGAAACUACCGUCCAUUUAAAAUGUUGCAUUUCUGUAGCAGCACAGUCUGGUUUCUGGGAACAAAAUUACGAGUAAAGCGACAUAAAACACGUGAACUCGACUGGAUGGUCUCGUUGUCAAAACUGGAUAGAACUUUGCAUUUCAUCCGUCAACUUUCUUUUUUACAGAUUUAUUAUAUUCCAGGCGACUCUGUCUACUCACUUUAUUGUAAUUUUAAUGUAUAGUAUUUAACCACUGAAAGGAUUCCUUUAAGCUCAUGUUUUCAUCUAAUGUGUGUCCAUGCUCAUUUGGCAAAAACAAAGUACACAACACAAAAAAAAGUUUCCUAAAUGUACAGAUAUUUUGUUACAAACCAUGUUUUUUUUUUUUUUAAACGUACUUCACAUUACCAGAUGGUUAAUAUUGUACAUAUUGUUUAAACAAAAGUUUUCAUUGCCUUGUGCUAUACAACUUGAAUGUUAUUUUAACUUAUAGUUUUUUGUAUAUUUAAUUAAGCCAAAUGCAGCCAGGAUCUACAGUAGUGUGUUAAAUCAUAAAGUGUCACGGUUGUGAGGGUGUGUCACAGGCGCAGCAAAACCAGCUACAGAUACAUGCAACUGACUGGUACAUUUGAACAGAUUUAAAUAAAUCUAAUAAAAGUAGUUUCUAUUGGUUGAGCUGUGAUUGGCUGGUUUUGUGGCGUAGUGACGCACCUUCCUGUAAUCAUCUCCACUGAAGCACGUGCUGCCGUUCAUCUCCUUUUUUUCUCUCAACUUCACUGUCUGUAAUAGUAAUAUUUCUCUAACUGGAUAAUACUGGCAUGUUUUGUUUUUUUUACUUUCAACAGAAAAUGUAUUUUAGGCAGUUUGUGCUUAUUA